AUCAUUCAACGAUUCUAAAGAAUUCAAACAAAUAGUAUUAAGAAAUGAAGUUGCAGGUUUUGAAUUUCAAAAUUCAGAUACCAAUCGAAAGCCAUGCUAUUCUUCUCGUUAAAUUAGAAAAUAGUCCCUUAAAGUUGACCCUAAAUAAAAUAAUUAAAAAACCAUUUAUCGUAAUCAUAUCUGUUGUUUAAGCGGUUUAGAAGUAGGUAAGUAUACACCAACCGUAGAUGUCGAAGUCGAGUGGUGGGAGGCCCCAUCGUACAUACCUGGACCAAAUACCACUUAAAAUGUGCCUUAUUCCCUUGUUUCUUUUUUUAUUAUUAUUAUGUUGUGUGUUUCUUUAGUAAUAACUGUUAUGGUAUGUUAAAUCCGGAGGGACCAAAAAUCAAAUCUUAUCUAGCAGAAGGGGGACAAGUAAAAAGUACCCAUAACCAUGCACGCUCGUUUGUAGCUUUAUCCAAAGUGGAGGUAUGUCAGGACCGUAUCAUGCAGAGAUCCGUGAUCUCUGCCUACCCCUGAGAGAAAAAGACGCCAUUCCAGUGAAAUUAUAAUUAUGAACAAAUUAUUUAAGCAGAAAUAUUUAACGUAUUUAUCGCCAAUAUAUUCCCGAAGCUGUUUUUCAAAACAUUUAAUUUCAAAAUAAUUAAUUUUGAAGAAAACAGCUAAACACGAUGUAGCUGUUCAUAAGGGUCUCUAGAGACGGCAGUCACAUUCGAUAUUGUCUAUGAUAGUACAACGAUUUACGUCAUUGCCGUCGAAUACAUUUUAUUCUAAUUAAUGCUAAUCAAAGAUACUGCGUUAAUCUAUUGGUUCGGUCGAAAACCCGAUACGAGAACAUAAUUUUGAAACGUCGCCUUGGAAUAUAUCUAUGCACCCAAAUUGUAUGAAUAGAGGAGUGGAGGCAAAAGCAAACAACGGUCUCGAUGAGGACAGCGAGGUGCCGAGUCGUUCGCUCCCCCCGACUGACCUCUCCUCCGCUUCAUACGUGCAGGUCGUCGUGCAAAAGCAAAGACGUGGUCCCUGUCGUUCGCCAUCGAGAUUGGACGGCGCGCCGUCAGCAGUGCAGCAGAUGACACAAGCGACGGAGGGAGAGACGGGCGCGCGGCUGGCGGCGGCGGCGGCGCACUGCCCCGGCCUCAGAGCGCUAUUGCAACUGCAACCCGGAGCAAGAGCCGUCGGGCACGACCCUCCGUCUCGCCGUGGCCCUAUUCGCGCGAAAAACACCGAUAGCGGCGUAUGGAAGAAGCUGGGAGACGUCGCCGCUGGCAAGGAGACUUCGUGCGGGGUGGACGGUGAGUCGGGUGCGACCACCGAAUUGGGGUUAGGCGGUGAACUGAGGCAUGCGGUGUGCAGGGCCGGCACGCGUGGCGCUGUUUCGACUGGAAAGGGGCGCGGUAUUGAGCGCGGUUCGCAGCUGGGAUCCGGCGGGUCGGGGCUCUCGCGUCGAGCGACUAGCGCGUCAGCUAGCCGCACCCGCCGUCGACCUGCUGGACGAGCUGCUCGCGCUGUUGCGGAUCCUUUUCACCCUGCCCGUGCACGUCGUCCUCAGGGUCGGAAGAUGCACCCUAUCUACAUCCGUGUGGGCGGCGAGCGGCGCGCUGCAGGCGGUGGCAGACGAGGUGCUGACUCCGACACUAGCGCUGAGCUUCAACACCCUGGCCAGGCCUCCGUUGGUGCUAGCGACACACUUCGCGCUAGCCCUGCGUGACGCUAUGCGCCCACUGUGGCUAGCGUUCGCCGACGCCCUGGAACCGCUCUCUCGGGUGCUGACCGGCUUUCGCCUCGUCCACGUCGAGAGGGCUUGCCACCGUCCU